AUGUCUCGACUUACGAUUCUCUUUGUCAUCGCUGUGGCGUAUGAAGCUCUUGGAGACGGCGCAGUUAAGGACUCUCGUGCAGAACAAUCAGGCUAUAUAGGACAUUCACUGGCCGGUCUUGGAAGCUUAGGAGUGGGAGGAGCGUACAUUGGCGGGCCGGCCGCCAUUGGAGUCGCAGCUCCGGCUGUAGUUGCUGCCGCUCCUGCUCUCGGCAGUGGAGCAGCACUGAACAAUGCUGCAGCUGUCGGGGCCGCUCAGCUCAGUGCCAUCCAAAAUGCACAGGCCGUGCAAGCCGCUCAUAUCGCUAAUUCCGCUGCCGCUGCUAUCCAGGGGGCCCGCGUCACCGAAGCUGCUGCUAGGGCCGGACAAGCUCAAGCGAUCACGAAUGCCAGAGCUUUGGAUGCAGCGCGCGUUGCUAACAUUCAGAGAGCUCAGGCUGCCGCGUGGGAAAAUGCCAGAGCCGCCGAAGCCGCCAGACGUGCCGCCGCCGCCAGUGCCGCUGAAGUCGCCCGCGCUGUUGAAGCCGAACGCUUGGCCAACGCUGCCCGUGUUCAAGCUGUUGCCAUCGCUAACACUAGAGCAGUAGAAGCCGCCCGUAUCGCCAACGCGGCUAGAGCUCAGGCUGCCGCCGUGGCUACUAGUGCAGCUCAGGCCCAUGCUGUAGCUGAUGCGGUCGCUAGGAACGCCGGUGCUUUGGAAGGUGCUGUUUUGGUGGGUGGGGGAGGACUGGUCGCUGCUGGCGGGCUCGGUUCCGGCCUGGCUUACGGCAUCGGACACGGGUACGGUGCAGGAUACGGCUUAGGCCACGGAUACACCGUAGGCCACGGUUACGGGGGCGGGAAAUACAUUCACUAAAUCACAAGACCAACGACUGAUAGUAAAGACGAAUACGGUAUUGAGAACAAUGUAAACAUUUCUAGGGCCAUUUUAUUUCAUUCACACGGAAAUAAAUGGUUCACGGCAGUAAUGCAAUGUUUUGGCUUAAAAGGACAUGAACUUGUAAAUAUUUCAAAAUUUGUAAAUAUGUUAUGGCUAGGACUGUCUUGUAAUUAAACGAAUAUGCAAACACUUA